CGAACGUGUCUUGUAGUAUUAUCCUACUAAAUUUGAAAACAGUGAUGACUUUGGAGAUAUAGAGAGAGCCAUAUUUAUAUUUCAACUCGUGUGCGAGUGAGAUGUACUACGAGAAAUUUUGCAAACACGCACAUUUAAUUUUGUAGAGUGGUUGUAAUGUGAUUUCGCCCGAGCAACCCAUAAAACGACGCUUUUAUGUGAAAAAUCCCGUAAUUAUCGAUAAUGCAGCGUUAAUUUGGCCUUAUACGCGAUAAAAUCGAAACCCAGCGAUGCUUUCUGUGAUACUAAACGCAGACAUUGUUCGUGUUAAGUUUGAAAAGUAGUGUUCCGUGUGCAGAGUUCCGUGAAGCGUUGGGCAUUUUAAUUGCCCUUCGUGAUCUGAUUAGUGCAGGAAGAAUGUGGUUGUGGUUGCAGAGGGUCGCUGAUGGGUGAGUCGCACGAUGGAGACGGAAUCCGUGCGCUCUGAGCUGAGCAGUCGGUCGCGGCGGAGCUCGAGGCAUCGGCAGCACACGCACAGGAGUACCCGAAGUUCAAAAUCCCAGAGAAAAGACGGCAGUGACAUAAUGGCUCCCUUCCAAACUAGUGUUAACAUCAACCCAGAGACCGGCCGGGACGGCCAAGAAGUCAUCGAAGUCCAGAUUCUUCCACAGGAUGAGAACUGGGGCGAAAACACUACCGCCGUUACUGGAAACACAUCGGAAGGCUCACAAUCCAUGGAGGAUGUCAGCAACUGGCCUAUAGAGCCCGAUAGUGGGAUCGGAUUCAUAUGCUCAAGAUAUUUCGGGACCACCGUAGCUCUAGGGCUUUCUUUCGUAUCCUUUGUGAGCCCAUUGGCUAUGGUUGUGUUACCAAAGAUCGGAUUCUUUCCUGGACUGACUGAUAACAUAGCGAUACAGCCAAGCCAAAGAAUGCAGCUUUUAUCCUGUACUGCAGAAUGCAAGGGGAUCCUACUCUCUUUAGCGUUUAAAUUAGUUUUACUUGCCAUCGGAGUAUGGGCAGUGUUCCUACGGCCUCGCAAUGCUAUUCUCCCGAGGAUAUUUGUCUUUAGAGCUACAACUUUAGUGAUUCUCGCAGUUUGCACUUUCUCAUACUGGCUUUUCUACAUUGUACAAAUCACCGAAGCCACUAAAGCGUUAGCUUUAGGUGAAGAAGCGGUAGAUUACAGUGCUUUAGUGUCCUAUGUAUCAAGCUUUGCUGAUACCCUCCUCUUCAUACACUAUAUAGCCGUAAUACUCAUGGAGAUUCGUCACCUAGAGCCAGUGUAUUAUAUAAAGAUAGUGCGGAGCCCUGACGGAGAGAGCAAGUCGUACUGUAUAGGGCAGCUCAGCAUACAGCGGGCGGCUGUGUGGGUACUACAGAAGUAUUAUACUGAGUUCCCGAUAUACAAUCCUUAUUUGGAGAAGAUUCCUAUAUCAAAGUCACAAAGGAAACAAUCCAGCAUAAAGUUUUACGAGGUGGACGGCAACUCGACGGCGCAGGCGCCGCGCUCCACCGCGGGCUCCUGCGCGGGCUCGCGGCGCCGCGACUCGGGCUCCGCGCACAACGAGCGCUACUACGAGGAGGCGGAGCGCGAACGCCGAGUCCGUAAGCGGCGCGCUCGGUUGUUGAGCGCCGCUGAGGACGCUUUCGCCCAUGUACGUCGCGUGCGCGUCGCCGCCGCCAACGGAGCCCUAGGGCCGAGGGAAGCUGCCCAAGCUGUGUUCCCGUCAUUAGCGCGCGCCCUCCAAAAAUAUCUGCGCGCGACUCGGCAACAGCCGCGCCACAGCGCCGAGUCCGUGCUGGCGCACCUCGGCCGCUGCCUCGCGCGCGACGCCUCGCCCCGCGCCUUCCUCGAGCCUUUCCUCGUCGAGGCGCCCGUGCUGGCGGCCGAGCACGACGCGAGGCCGCUACAGCGCUGGGCGCUCAUAUCCGACGACCUGCUGGCCAGGCCUCUGGCCGACAACCAGGAGUUCCAGCUGAGACAAGGUGACAUCUCCCUGAUCUGCUCUAUCCGUCAGCUCCCCAAGUUCCACAUCUCCGAAGAAGUUGUGGACCCGAAGAGCAACCGCUUCGUUCUGCGACUCAACUCCGAGACAUCCGUCUGACAGGAGCUGUGGCCCGACAGGCUGGUAUGACAUG